UGAGGGAGCACAGUAGCACAAGGAAGGACAAGUUUGUUUGUAUAAUGAUUUCUUUGAAUUACAUCCACUGAUUGAAUAUAUAAAAAACAAUGUGGGUCGCCAGGCGGCUGAUGUCAAUGGUACCAUUAAGCGGUCGAUUUGCAGGAAAGACUGGCUGGUUUAGGCGUCCGAGACAUGCCUCCCUUCCUGAUCCAGAACUUCGAUAUCUCCAGUGCACAUUUUGCUGGAGGAGUCGCGUGCCAGUGGCUGGCUUUGAGACACUGAAUGAUUCCAUCGCGCCGUCCUCAGCUGAGCCCUGCAGAGCAGACAACAGCUCUCCUCUGGAUGCUUACUACACUCCAGAACAACGGGACACCAUCCUGAAGCUGCUCAACAACGCCACAACUUCAGAGAUGGAGUGUGUCAAGCUUCUCAGAGGACGCAAGUCUGCCAACAUUGUUGAGUACAGGACGCAGCAUGGACCCUUUAAGACUUUAGAGAGCGUUGUCAACGUGCCGCUGCUGAAGCACAAAAGCGCAGUCACUGUCUUUAACUCAAUACUAAACCCUGUGAAGAAACCCAAGAAAGUCAAAAUACAAUUGGCCAAGUUUAUUCGGCCGGAGGUGGACAGGUCCUGGCUGGAGGUGAGUCCUGCUACCCUGCUUAGUCAGUGGUCUAAAUCUAAACUGAGAGCUCUCUGCUUUGUGUUUUGACUAUAUUGAGGUGAUGGUAUUUCUCACCUGCCAGGUACAUUGACCUCACCACAGCAUAUGUCGUAAUAUAGUCCCUCUAAA